CCAUAUUGAUAUAUAAGUAUAUAUAUUAAGCAAUUAAUGGAAGACAUUUUGUACUGUUUUUAUAACAAAUUUGUUACGGAUAAACAGAAAUAAUUUUUUGACAAAUCUCUGUUUCUGAUCCUUAUAGUUUGGAUCAACCAAUCAAAAGACGCCAGCGAUCUAAUCAACCAAUUGGCGACUCGGGCAAUCGGAUAUGCUAUUCCUCAGCUUUUACGAGUCCACCGUGAAUCCGCGAAGGCUACGGAGCUCGGGGCGAACGGUUGCCUAGGUACCGCGAGCGAGUGAGUGUGUUUGGCGUAAACAAAGCUGGUUUGUGUCAGCAGCUGGGGCUCCACGCAUCUCUGUCAAUCUCGUCACCCGACCGAUUUCCGUGCAAAAUGACGUCGCUCGAUCUGCGACAGCAGAAGCUGGAACAACAGAGGCAACUGAUUGCGCAGAAGAUGAAGCAGAAAAGACAGACUGGUGCUAGUGGAAUGGUACAGGCAUCUAAUGUGUCCAGUGCACAGCUCACGAGUCAUUCCAAUAAAUGGAUGACUCCAAACAAGGAACUUCAUGCAUAUGACGGCCCAUUACAAUAUGCUAUGUUUCAAACAAAUACAGAUGUGGGUUCUUAUGCAGAAAGAAAAAACAGUGAGGGAACAAUUAAUGCAACAGUGGUCAACGAUAGAAGCUUAUAUGAAGGUUCUCAAAAUACUGAUUGUGCCGAUGAGGAAUCGUCACCCAUAGAUUUGCAUUCACCUUCAGAAUCUUUACCAUGUUCCUCACCGCUUCGAGUAGCCCCUUCAGAAGGAGUUAACACUCUUAUUAAUAGAGAUAACAACUCUUCCAGUCCAGAAUUAGAAGGCAAUGUAGAGGGUAAUAUUGAGCAAUUUGUGUUACAACCAGCAAAUAAAAAAAUGUAUUACAAAUGCCGAAUAACACGCGAUCGAAAGGGCAUGGACCGCGGUCUUUAUCCGACUUAUUUUCUACAUCUAGAACGUGAUUAUGGGAAGAAGAUUUUUCUGUUGGCUGGCCGAAAAAGAAAAAAAAGCGCAACAAGCAAUUACCUGAUUUCGACCGAUCCUACAGAUCUCUCAAGGGGAGGGGAAUCUUACGUCGGUAAACUCCGAUCGAAUCUUCUGGGAACACAAUUCACAAUUUAUGACAAUGGAUAUUCGUUGAUGAAAGACGAUAAGCGCGACGAACGUUUCAAUCCACGACAGGAACUGGCCGCGGUGGUAUACGAUACGAAUGUUUUAGGUUUUAAAGGCCCACGUAAAAUGACAGUUAUUAUACCGGGUAUGACGCCCGAUCAGAAGCGAGUGGAGAUAUGUCCGCGGGUUGAAUCUGAAACAUUGCUUGAACGAUGGAAAUUAAAACAGAUGGAUAAUCUGAUAGAAUUACAUAACAAAACGCCCGUGUGGAACGAUGAAACGCAGUCCUAUGUGCUUAACUUUCAUGGACGAGUAACUCAAGCAUCUGUAAAAAAUUUCCAAGUCGUUCAUGACAGCGAUGUGGAUUACGUUGUGAUGCAAUUUGGACGUGUCGCAGAGGACGUUUUCACAAUGGAUUACAGAUUUCCCCUUUGUACAGUCCAAGCAUUCGCCAUUGCUCUGAGCAGUUUUGACAGUAAAUUGGCAUGCGAAUAACCAACGCGGCCAUCGAUCAAACUAUCGGUUAAGUAUAUACUUGCCCACGAAUUACUGUAUCAUUCUAAAUCGUUAGCUUUCUAAUGGACAAUCAGUAGAUUACCAUUCUGAAUAUAGUAUUCGACAUAUAUUAAACAGUUUUAUAAAAUGAAAUAAGACUUGCUCUAAAUGUGUGUUCACUUUGAUAUUUCGUAACGAGUCUAUUUCUAUACUAAAUGUGUUUAUAAUGCGGAACGACGAUUUCAAUAUUAUUAAUAUUAUAUAUCGAUAUAUAAAGGCGUUGAACUUGUAAAAAAUCUCUCGAUAGCGUUACAUUUGAAAUACGACACGAUGUUUCAACUAUUUUCAUUAUUCGAAGUUAAUAUCCGAUGUAGAAUAACUAUUGCUGUUCAUAAAAAUGACGAUAUGUGAAUUCCUUGGCCAGUAAUUCAGAAAACUGAUGAAACAGUAUACAUUUGUAUGUUGAACAUUUAAAAUAUUUUUAUGAAUAACACACACGCGCGCGCGCGUGUGUGUGUACACAUGCAUACAUACAUGCAGGUCAUUUAUAAAUAAGUCAUAAGUAUGAUCUAAUUUUACCAUGGACUUAGAGCAUGGACUGCACCAUCCCUAUAUUAUUCAUAUACGAAAUUAGGUUCAGAAAAAAAGUGAGAGCAAUGGCCACCAAUUAGCUCUGUCUUCGUUUUUUGACGACUAGAGAAAGACAGAAUUGACCGACAAUUCGUGCUGUCCUUCCACAGUUGGACUCACUUUCAAUUCGUAUUGCCCAGUCCAUGCUUUAUAUCGAUGCAUUUUACAGUGCCUUGGUAUAAUAUUUACUGUACUUAAAAAAAAAGUUGUCCCUUGUUAUUUUCAUUGAAGAAAAUAUCAUUAAAAAAAUCACUAACGCAAGAAUAUAAAAUAUAUGUUUAAAUGUUUUGUUGGAUAAUUCACAUACAUAUUGGUUACAUUUCUUUUGGCGCUUACAUCGCUUGUAAGCAUUAUUUCUUCUUGUUUAAUAUUUGAUGAACAACAAGGAUGAAAUGUGUGAAACACGUUGUGAGCGCCAAGAAUAAAAUGUGUGAAACACAGCCAUCAAAUAAUUAUGUGAAAACAAGCAUUAAAGACUUAUUUUUCACUUAUUUUACAAAGUAUUCCACUAAGUAUUAUUUUUUUAGUUUAUAUAAUAUGUAAUAAUAAGAGAUAUUAACAGUCCCUGAUCGUAAUAAGAUUAUGUAAAAGUGCAGACUAUGCAACUCUUGUAACUUUAUUUUGUCACAUGGAGAUGUGCAAUUUUUACUAUUACUAACAAAAUUUGAAUACUAGAUAUAUGAAGCACGUAGCGGGCACAGAGUUAACCAGACAUAUAUCGAGCACAUCUUCAAUCAAGUUUCUUCUAAUAAUAAAUUCAUUCAGGAUAAAGAAAUUUUGAUAUUUUGUAUUAAUAUAACGUUAUCAAAUAUUAAUAUAUUUAUUAUUUUAAUUAUUUCGCGUCACACUUUGCAUUAUGCAGAAAGAAUAAUCAAGGGCUACUUCUAUAUUAAAUUACAAACGCAACAUUUUAAAGAAUAAUUCAUGAUGCAAGGUUAGUUAAGUAUGUGUUCACAUAUUAUUUAUGUAUUGUGUGUAUUAUUUAAUAAGUUAUAUAAAUAUGUAUAUACAUAUGUAAAACAAAACAACCAAAGGAUUUUACUGAAAUUUUCACAUACGAUUCUUUGUAAGUAAAUCAAGAUGCUCAGAUAAUAUCCAAGAAAGAGCUAUUGUUUAAUUACGCAAGUACUGAUUAUUAUGGUAGUUUUUAAUGUAGCAAUGUUUGAUGAUUAAUGAAACAUAUUUAUUGCAAUAAUACUUUAAAAAUAGGUACCUGUAUUAUAUAGCGCUCGCGCAAUAGUAUCGUAUUUAUAUCCAUAAUUUCUAUCCUUUGUUAUUUUUACAUUAUGAAAUAUUUUAACAUUCCACUUCUCAUAAUUAGUUUGAUUAUAUGCACUUUUUGUUCUAUAUUCUAAUAAUCCGUGAGCAAAGGACACCUUUAUAAUUACUAUUAUGUACUUUGUAUGUUUGUAUCACCAUUACAAAAAUGUUUCUAUUUACAUCUCUACAUAAUUAAAUUAAUCGGAAAUAUUUGUGUUGCGGAGACAUUUUGCACUUUCGAUUUAAUGUUUAUUUAUUGAUAUAAUCGAGGAGUAUAUAUCUAGUCUUUUAUUGUACCGGACAAAUUUGGUACAUCAUGCGUAAAAAAAGCUGUAACAAGUUAUUCAUUCUUCUUUUAUAAAGGCCAUUGCACGUACAUUUCUGUUAUCGUUACCAUAAAAAAUGGAGCAAUAUGAUUAAUUUGAUUGGUUAUGGCUAAUUUGAGCAAUAUGAUUGGUCGAAAUCUUACAGUUACGAUUACGGAAAUGGUAUGUGCAAUGGCUUUAAAAACAUGUGAAAAGAAAAAAAUCAUGUACUUUUAUAAAAAACGAUGCAUUAGUUUAUCACGCGAAAUUAAACAAAAGAAUAAUUCUAAUCAUAUAUUUAUAUAUAUUAUUUAUUAAAUAAUGAAAAGAUGCUUUUAAAUGAGACAUACAAAACAAGACUUAACUUUAUAGUUUUAUAAAAACAAAUGCAUCGCGUUUAAUUCGAAUGAAAUAGAAAGAUGAAGGUAUGAAGAUACAUAAUAACAUGUAUAUUAUUUAUUAUUACAAGAUUCAUAAAAAAAGAUAACAUUAAAUAUUUCUAGUAUUAUUUGGACAGUAAAACUUGGUAGAUUAGUGAGCGCAUUUUCUUAGUUUUUGUAUUUUCAUGUAUAAAAACUGUUUGUAUUUCGAUUAAUACAAUAAAGGCACUUAAGGUCUAGCA